GAAGCUGACAAACCAGACUGGKUAGAGCCAGGCUCGGCCCCAGCCCUGCCUGGCCCACGGCAGGAGGCYGCUGCCUGUGCGGGUGCCUGCCACGCCUGCACCCUCCUGGCACAGCGGGCAGUGCACGGCAGCGCCCGGCUCGCUGCCCUCUCCUCCGGACCGUGGCGGAUCAGUACUGCAUCGGUGCUGGGGACGAGGAAGACGAAAAAGAGGAGGACGAGGAGGAAGAGGAGGAAGAGGCUCCUUGGUGCUGCCCCUCUUGCGGUGGCCUCUCGGUGAGGGUGAUGGGGCUGCAUCCGGCGUCAGAGGCUCCUGACCCGCUGGUCUGGGAGGGCGCCCCAAGCCUCACCGGAGGGAUGUUGGGACUGUGUGCGGACACUGCCGCCUUCAAACCCUCCCGGCAGCUGUGCUGAAGGAGCCUCCUGCCCUGGAGCAGCACCCACGUCCCGCUGAGCGGGGUGGCUGCUCCGGCCGCCCUCAUGGAGCCGGCGGCGGGCGAAGGGGCAGAGCCCGGCCCGCAGGAGGUGCAGGCAGCCGGCGGGGAAGGCUGUGCCGGGCAGCGGGACGAGAGCGAACCUGUGGGGUCGGGGGAGCCCGGGGAGCUGCCCCGUGUCUGCGGAGAGGCGUUCGCUGCCGCCUGGGGAUGCUGGGACCUGCCAGCGGCAGAGGAUGCCAGGGAGCCGCUCCUGCCCGGGCAUGAGGAGCUGCCUGCCCACGGUGCCUCCCUGCCUGCGGGCCAGGACCCUCCCGCCACCGCCACCGCCACCGCCAGCCCCGUCCUGCCCCGCGGGGAGAGCCCAGCACCGCCAGGGACGUCGCCCAGCUCGGAAAGUGUCUCCAGCUCCAUCCUGAGCCUCUUCGGCGAGAUAGAGACGUCAAGCGAUGAGGUGGUGGUGGUGGUGUCCGAGCCGUGCCCCGUGCUGGCGGGCAGCGAGGACGAGUGCCCCAUCUGCACGGAGCCCUACGAYGAGCAGCGGCACAAACCGGCCGUGCUCAACUGCAACCACGGGCUGUGCCGCGCCUGCCUGCGCGCCAUCAUGGACACGGCCACGGGCGCCGAGCUGGGCCGGGUGCGCUGCCCCAUCUGCCGCCAGAAGACGCCCAUGCUGGAGUGGGAGAUCUGCAAGCUGCAAGAGGAGCUGCUCCUGCUGCACUCCCAGCCCGGCUCCCCCGGCGCCCUGGCCGCCUCCCGGCCCCCUGCCUUGCCCCCGCGGCGCCCGGGCCUGGCUGGCGCCCUGGAGCAUCGCUUCCAGGUGCGCUUCCACACCAGCCGCAUGUUCGGCUGCCUGCCCUGCGUGCGCUACCCGCCCUGCCUGAUCCGUGCCCUGGCGCGGCUGGAGCGCCGCUGCCGCUGCUGCUACCUCCUGCUGCUGGCGCUGCUGCUGGCGACAGAGAUGCUCAGCCUGCUCCUCAUCUUCCUCCCCAUCGUCCUCAUGGUGAUGCUCUUCCUCAUCCUCGACAAAUAGCGCCGGGGUUGUGCCCUCAGGCUGAGCGUGCGUGGAGAUGAGCCCAGCUCCGGCUCUGCCCUCGGCUGUGGUGCCAGCUGGGAGCGAGCUUGUGCCCCCGGUGCCUGGGAUACCCGGCRCUGCCAGUGAACCCGGAGCGGGUGAGGCGGCCCAGGAGGAGCUGGAGCAGGCAGCUGAGGGAAKCGAGCCUGGAGCUGGGCAUCACCUGCCCCUGUGGGCACCGUGUGACACAUCACCGCCACAGCYAAGGGACCGAUGGAGUGGGAGCCCUUCCUGCACUGGGGCACAGCCCUGGCCCAGGGGCUGGGAAGCAGAGAGGCUCUGCGGGCAGAGCAGGGCCGUGCCAUGGGCUAUGUGAYUGGCUGUACCAUGGGCUGUGCCACCUGCACCCAAGACAGACAGGCUGGGAUUCCCCAGCAUGGACUGGAAAUACAACCUGUGUUUGUACCA